AUGGUUGUCGAGGGCAACAGCGUUGUCCUGAGCAAUAUCGUUGUCGUGGUCGUAGUGAUAUGGGUUAUCGUGCUUUCUGGUUGUCUUGGUAACGUUCUUAUCUUUGAUAUAUUGUUGUCUAGUCGUUGUCUUGGUUAUGUUAUGGUCUUGGUUACGUUGUCGUCUUGUGAUGUGAGUAAUCAUUGUUAUAUUUGUGGUCACUGUGUUGUACUUCUUAAUAGUUACGUGUGUAGUCAUAGUUAUCUGUGUAGUCCUGGUGGCAUAUGUAGUCAUAUUCGCAUGUGUAGUCAUAUUCGUAUGUGUAGUCAUAUUAUUUGGUAUCUAAGAUAUCCUGUUGUCUUGAUUAUUUGGUAUCCAGCAAAUCUGGUUGUCUUGGAUAUUGUUGUCUUGGUUAUUUGGUAUCCAGAAUAUGUUGUUGUCUUGGAUAUUGAUAUCUUUCUUUCUUUGGUAUCUGAUUGCCAUAGAAACCUGGAAAGUCUUUUAUCCUUCGUUGUCAUACAUUAUUUGUUGUUAGUCAUUAUUAGUUGUUAUGGCCUCUUUGUUAUCUUUUCAUGUGGUUGUCUUGGAUUCAACUUUGUUGUUUGGAUAGGACGUUGUCUCGCAUAUUAUGCUUUCUGGGUUACUUUGAUGUUUCCCUUUCGUGUUGUCAUGGUUUUUAUGUUGUCUGGGAUCCAGUGUUGUUGUAUUCUUUGUCAUCGUCUAUAUGCUGUUGUUAUGGUUAUUUCGUUGUGUUGGAUAUCUUGUUAUCUUAGCUACCUGGUUGUUCUAUCUGGUAUCCUUGGUUCCAUUUUGGUCCUGAUUAUCUUGUUUCUUCCAUAUGAUGUUGACUUCGAGAUCAUCUAA